GAUGCCAUUCUCGCUGACGACAACCACCACUCUCAGAUCUCCUAAUCGAAACUUUAGAUCGAGAAAAUCGAGAAUGUCGACACCUCCUGUUCUCUCGCUUGCUCUGCCUUCAGACACUGGUCGUGUUCUUAGUAUCCAAUCUCACACUGUACAGGGAUAUGUUGGUAACAAGUCAGCUGUGUUUCCUCUUCAAUUGUUGGGGUAUGAUGUGGAUCCAAUCAACUCGGUACAGUUCUCGAACCAUACAGGGUAUCCUACAUUCAAAGGACAGGUUUUGAAUGGUGAACAAUUGUGGGAGCUGAUUCAAGGCCUUGAAGGAAAUGAUUUAUUGUUCUACACUCACUUAUUAACAGGCUAUAUUGGAUCUGUAUCUUUUCUGAAUACAAUUUUGGAGGUUAUCAAUAAGCUUCGCUCUGUAAACCCGAAUCUUACAUAUGUAUGUGAUCCGGUGAUGGGUGAUGAAGGAAAGUUGUAUGUGCCUGAAGAAUUGGUACAUGUUUAUCGUGAGAAGGUAGUUCCCCUGGCUUCGAUGUUGACUCCUAACCAGUUUGAAGCUGAGAAACUAACAGGAUUAAGGAUAAAUUCUGAGGAAGAUGGCAGAGAAGCUUGUGCUAUUCUUCAUGCCGCUGGUCCUUCAAAGGUGGUGAUCACUAGCAUUACUAUAGGAGGCCUUCUAUUGCUUAUUGGAAGCCAUCAGAAAGAAAAGGGGCAGAAGCCUGAGCAAUUCAAGAUUUUGAUUGACAAAAUCCCUGCGUAUUUUACGGGAACAGGAGAUCUCAUGACUGCUCUUCUACUUGGUUGGAGUAAUAAAUACCCUGACAGUCUUGACAAGGCUGCCGAGCUUGCAGUUUCAACGUUGCAGGCGCUUCUGAGAAGGACGCUUGAUGACUACCAACGAGCUGGGUAUGAUCCCACCUCAAGUAGCUUGGAGAUUAGAUUGAUACAGAGCCAGGACGAAAUUCGAAACCCAAAUGUUGAACUGAAAGCUGAGAGAUACAGCUGAAGCAGGUGAAAAAUGUAACAUAUUUUUAUCUUAAAACAAGAAAACAUAGAUAUGAUUAUGAGGGUAAGUUAGUUGAGAUCUCCUUGUUUGGGAUACAACUAUACGCUGUACAAUUGUUUUAUACAAAUAAUACAAUUCUUGUUUAGGCUGUUUGAUUUGGAUGCUUAUCUUCCAUCAACUUGUUGAUUUUUUUUGGUAUUAUUCUCAUUUGCAUGCAUGUUUUAGUCAACUC